AUGAUGGCCGAGCACCGCCAUGUUGUGGUGGCAUACCGUGAUUUGGUGACAUUCCACGACCCAUACCCCCUCCACCUCUGUUCAUGUUGCCACCCCCCUGUGGACCAGUUGGAAUAUUUGGCUGUGGGACAUCAUCGUACAUUCCUUCCCAGGAGGUCGGUUCCGCCUGGGAGUAGUUCAAAGAUCCAAAAUGUGACGGCAGUGUUGCUCGUUGAGGCUUAUGGCCAGAAAAUCACUCAAAGCUUCAAUCCCUGUGAUGAGGCAACGAAAGUCGAUCAACUAUGCCCUGUUCCUGCGGGACGAUUUAUGGCCAAAGGAAGUCAAAAAAUUCCUUCCAAGUUCGCAGAGAAAAUCCCAUCCAUCGCGUUUGCAAUUCCCGACCUCCAGGCACACGCGACCAUGCUCUUAAAAUCGAAUGACGGAGGUCAGACUCUUGCUUGUAUCAGUUCAACUGUAGGCAAUGGCAAAUCAUUAGAGGCACCCGCGGUAUCAUACGCCGCGGCUGGAGUCGUAGGGGCUGCCUUGGUAUUGUCAGGCGCCGCAGCUUUGGUGGCAGGUGGGCAUCCCGGUGCUGCUACAUCAAGCCCGACAUUCGGUGAGGUUGUUGGGUGGUUUCAUUCGAUGGCAACCAACGGCAUGCUUAGCGUCAACUACCCGCCGAUCUACCGCAGCUUCACCAAAAACUUUGCGUUCAGCACCGGGCUGAUUCCUUGGAAACAAAUGCAGAUGUCGAUUGACGAUUUUAGAAAUAAGACCGGGGGCAAUCUGACAAACGACAAUGUCCAAUUCCUUGAAAAUGCUACGCUUAUAUUUGACGAAGGGUCUGGUACCUCGAGUAAUGUAAAACGUUCAUGGAAUUCCAUUUUCAAUUCUGCCGGUAUUGCGGUUCGGGAGAUAUCCACGUCGAUCAAUGAGACAUCCACAGCAGGUGGCACUGAGGACGAGGGCGGCAUUAAUCAUGUUGUCAAGGGAAUCCAGGCAUACGUCGAAAUGCUCUCGGUUCCGAAAUCUAAUACCUUUCAUGACAGUGCUGUUGAUAUUUGCUAUCGUCGUUGCGGCCAUUGCUGUUGGUAUAUUGCUCUUCAAGGUUAUUCUUGA